CCGAGCUGGCAGUAGACGGAAGCACCAGUAUUGGUCAAGACUCGGUGGAGGGAGCAUCACCCCAUCGCAGGCUUCCAAACACUACCUCUUUCACUCGGCUCCGAAGUGACUCUGACCAGAUUGUGUUUAGUGAAUGUGCUUUGUUGAUGCUGCUGCUGUGUGAGAUGCUAGCCCACAUUACUUCCUGAAAUAAGAGUGCCAUGGGCGAGUGUUGUGAUGGAUAGGAUAAUAACAAAUUCAUUUUCUUAGCAUAUUCUGCUUCACGCGGAUGGAUAUCUGGUGACAAUAGUUUUAAAGGAAAGGCAAUAAAGCGGGAAUAAGAAGCUCGUUGUAAGGAAGGAUGGACUGAAGAUGGAUGUAGGAAAGUGUCUCACUAGAGCAGGAUGCAACAGUGAUGACUGGCAAGGAUUCCUGCCGUGUGGUGGCCAGAGUGUGAUGACUCUACACAGUCUGAUCACUCACCUCAGUUAACUUGCUCCACUCAAUACCCUCUCUGAAUUAAGUGGAAUUUAACACCCACACACACACACACCGGUUACAUUACAGCGAACAUCGCCACGUCCGGUGAACAACACCCGCCACUGACGACAUAUACAUCGAUCUUAAUUAAACAUUAGGGAAGAUACGAAGCAAAGAGAUAAUGUUGAAUUCUGAAACGUUUGUUAAAAUUGCUUGAUGUUAUUAGUAGCAGGCAACUCUUGACAAUCCCUAAAGUUGCUUGUGUAUGAUUUAGCAAUGUAUGGAAAUACGUGUGUUGUAUGUGUGUGUGUGUGUUUUACAUACUUACCAUGAAUUAAUUUCAUUAAGACACACACACGAACAUCCUGGUGACCCCCGGUUCAUUAUACAGUGGUCAUUACACGAGUCACAAAAUACGAAAAAUGGAAUUUCAGUGAGGAAUAUAUAAUGAAUCUCUGGCAGACGCGAGAUGUGAAUGACUCGCUGCUGGAGUUGACGCCCAACUUUUUUUUCUGAAACCAAAAAUUUGCCAUAAUUUGUAAAGUUGUGGGAGACAAAAACACAGAAAGUUGUUGACAAACUGAGAACUGUGUGUGUGUGUGUGUGUUUUUUUUUUUUUUUACAAGGGGAAGAGUGUAAAUAGAGUGACGUCACGGGUCACGUGCUCAGAGAGUCUGGCACCUCCAUGUCUCCUGCACUCUAGAGUGAGAGAUGUGGUCGUCAGUGGGAGGUUGUGGAGGCGGGGAGGUGCCCAGUGCUCGCCACAAGCACGCUGUCUGCACUGACCACACCAAUGUUUACCUCCUAGGCGGCAGACACGGCAACCUCCCACUCAAGGACUUCUGGAUCUAUGAUCUAGUGAACCGUGUGUGGCGAGAGGUUCGCGAGGACACGGGGUCGAGGCCGCCGUCCCUGCAGCAGCACACCAUGGUCAAGGCUGGUGACAGACUCGUUGUCUUCGGUGGUGAGCUGUGUAUGUCCAACGAGACGCCUCUCUGGAUAUACAACCCCCAGAACAAGGUGUGGCGGAAGUGGAGGUGGGAGGGCGGCAUGAGAGGUGUGGGCGGCGGGUGUGGGCGUGGAGGCAGUGGGGGCGGUACAGGGCCCACAGGACGUCGAGCCCACACCGCUGUAAUGGUAGGAGAUGCUAUGCUGGUCUACGGAGGAUAUCAGGAUCUUAGAGGUUCAUCCUCAGAGCUCUGGAAUUUUAAUACACAGGAGGAGACGUGGACGCAAGUGUCGUCUCGGGGGGAGCAGCCAGCCCCUAGACACGCCCACUCCGCCAUCAUGAAGGAUCAUCACAUGUGGGUCUAUGGUGGCAUGACCGACCUCCAGGAAAGGAAUGACUUGUGGCGCUACGAUACAGGGAGCCGGACGUGGACUCAGGUACGGUCGAGACCUAACCCUGGCUACCUACACUCCCAUGUAGCUGCCAAGCUCCACGACUCAAUGGUCGUCUUCGGCGGAGAACGACAGGGAGAGAUGCUCAACGACCUCUGGAGGUUCCACUUUGCCACCAGCACCUGGGAGCGACUCCUGUUUUCAGGCAUCAGACCUCAACCCAGAUCUCAAUUCUGUGCAUUUGUGGCCCCGUCUCACCAUAUGAAAGGUCCUCGCUUUCACACCCCAUCAUCAAGCCUCGGCUCCUCCUCCGCCACCACCAGCAGCAGCAGCAGCGGUUAUAGCAGCUAUCAAAGUCAUGAGCCAUACCGCAGCAGGAGAAUUCACCCAGACAACUCCUUCACCUCGGGAGGGAGCUCAGGUGGUGGCGGGGAUACAGGGGGUGGGAGGCCUCGAGGACCUAGCGAGGAACAAGGAAGCUGUGCCUGCCAGGAGUGUGCUGAUGCUGAUGAUGAUGACGAGCUUGAUCCAAGUCGUCUGAGAUCUAUCAUCCAGAGGAACUGUUCUAAUGCUCCAGCUGCCCAACUGAAACUGUCCAUUUCUAAGUUCUCUCAGUUAAAUUUGUCCCACUUGGGUCGCUAUUACAGCUACAGUAUGCUUAGUAAUGACAGUACUGAAAGUAUAGUUGAAGAAUCGUUAGCCAGCACGUGUGAUAGUUUAGGUAGCAAGAUUGUUAAAUCUCAAAGUAUUCAUGUCAUGAAUAAGGAUAAAAUAGAGAAAAUGGAAAGGGAUAAAGGUGCUAUGACGAGAGAUAUAGUUUCAGUGCCAAAUUUUGGAGAUAUAAAGGACGUUGAUGAGAACGCUCAGGACUCGCAAAUGCCAGUGAACCACAUUAAAGUUAUCACAGUGUUGCCAGUCGAAGGCUCCACUGAAGCCAGCUUAGAGGAUGAUCCAAGUGACUUGGUGGCUGAGAUUAAAGGACGUCUUGCUUUUAGUCACGAUGAUGCCAUCCAGUCAGCUGAUACUAGUAUUAGUGAGAACCUCAUGUCAUUCUCCUGCACCACUGAUAGUAACCUCAGCAGUAAUACGAAUCUUUACAACAACUGUCAUUAUAACAUUGGAGGAGUCAGCAGUUUCGCUAACCCAAAUUAUGUAGGGUUUGACCCUGGCCGAGACUCUGAGGGUUUGUUGAGUCAAGACUACUGGAGGACCGGAGCUCUGGACCUGGAGAGCAUCCGUCAUAAGGAAUUCGCGGAGAUGUUGCGGACGCCGCCUGACUCGGGUAUUGGUCUUGGUGUCGAAAUGGAGCGACGAACUCCACUGGACCUGACUCUAGCAAGGCUCGAAGAUUUUGUCUCCUUUGACAACCAGACGGCCCACUUCAGCAAGACCCGCACGAAGGAACACCCAGCUGGAUCCAACGAAGGGUCUUCCACGCAGAAACCUGCCUCAACCGCCAAAGUCACAUUUUCUUCUAACCAGGAGCAGAGCUCCGAUAGAUCUUCUGGUUCCUGCACCCGGCGGAACACUGAAGGCACCAGAGAACCUCCCUCACCUCGUGUCAACCCCUUCAUCAGAGAAGAGACGGCGUAUGAACCCAGAUCUCCAAACGCCAUGUACAUAGUCGGCGGGAAGGAAAUGGAUCAGAUGACAGCGUUUAAAAGACCAAUCUCUGUCUGGAAGUUGGAUUUGCCUUUUUAAUAAUCAUUUAGAUUACCCCGUUUUGUACAAAGAACAGAUGGAAUCACAUUUAUUCCCUCUUUUUCAUCUUUCAGUGGAUACAUUUCCUUUCAUGCAGACUGCCAGCUAGUGGAAGCAGACACCAGGCUGUCAGCUAGUAGCAGCAUAUACCAGGUUGGCAGCUAGUGGAAGCAGACACCAGGCUGUCAGCUAGUAGCAGCAUACACCAGGUUGCCAGCUAGUGGAAGCAGACACCAGGCUGUCAGCUAGUAGCAGCAUACACCAGGUUGCCCGCUAGUAGCAGCAGACACCAGGCUACGAGCUAGUGCAGGCAGACGUCAGGCUGCCACGUAGAGAAAGCAGACACCAGGCUGCCAGAUAGUGGCAGCAACCAAGUUGCCAGCUAGGGGCAGUAGACACCAUGCUGUCAGGUAGUAGCAGCAGACACCAGGCUGUCAGGUAGUGGCAGCAGACAUCAGGCUGUCGGGUAGUAGCAACAGACACUACAGUAGCAUCUUACAGAUGAAAUACACUUAUAUCUGUCCAUACGUCCCGUCCUGUUCUCUCAAUAACUCAGAGAAACAUUGAUUCCUGACUUUACCGUGUCAGUAGCGCUGACGCUACAAGUGCCACAGUAACGCUGACGUUACAAGUCCCACAGUAACGCUGACGCAACAAGUGCCACCAUAGAAGACGCAGUAUAAAUGUUGUUAGCUGUGAGUCUCGAAGCUGACAGAUUAACUGUGUGUGCUAAACGUGUUCCAGAAGAGAUAACAGUGAUAAUAAUAUACCUGUGUGUGUGUGUGUGUGUGUGUGUGUGUGUGUGUGUGUGUGUGUGAUUGUGUGUGUGUGUGUGUGUGUGUGUGUGUGUGUGUGUGUGUGUGUGUAUUGCGUUUUCAUGUUGGUAAAUUGAGUUACUAGUCAACGAUGAAUCAAGAUGAGUUGGUUCAUCAAAAAAAUCAUUUAAAAUCACGAUGUGUUUACAACUUUUUUUUAAGUCAAUCACUAAAUAUGUUUGCGUAUCUCUAUGGAAAUGUGUCGAUGUAUUUUUCUUUAUUUACAGCAUAAAAAAAGAUCAGUUUAUUUUGUUAAGUGAGAGUUGCAUAUAUAUCUGUGUAUAUACACUAUGUAUAUACACUGUGUAUAUACACUGCUUGUGUAUCAACGCAUAUGCACCUUGGGCUAUGCAUCUCAGUCAAUAUACAUUAAGUUUAGAGUAUUUUUAUGUAUAUUCACCGAGAGCUGUGUAUAUACAAAGGUGUACAUCCUAAAUAUAUGUACACAGAUGUAUAUC